AUGGCGUUCAAAUUCGUUCUCCUUGCCACUUUGGUUGCUGCUGCCAGCGCUGGUCUGCUUCCGGCUGCUCACCAUGGCAUUGCCACGUCGCACUCCACCAUCCAACAUCAUGUUGCCCCCGCCGUCCACCACGUCGGAGCCAUCCACGCCGCCCCGGCUGUGUACCAUCACCAGCCCACCAUCGUCAAGACCAUCGCUCAGCCCACGAUCCUGAAGUCCUAUGGACAUCAUGAUGACCACUACGAGCACCAUGCUCCGGCCAACUACGAGUUCUCGUACUCCGUCCAUGACGAGCACACCGGAGACAUCAAGAGCCAGCACGAGACGCGCCACGGAGAUGAGGUCCAUGGCCAGUACUCGCUGUUGGACUCCGACGGCCACCACCGCGUCGUCGACUACCACGCCGACCACCACUCCGGAUUCAACGCCGUCGUCCGUCGUGAACCCACUGGAGUGAAGAUCGCCCAGCCAGUGCACAAGGUGAUCGCUCAGCCCGUCCAUGUCUCCAGCUACGCCCAUGCUCCGGUAGCUCACGCCACCAUCCAGCAUCAUCAUGCUGCCCCGAUCGCCCACCAUGUUGCCCCGAUCGCCCACCAUGUUGCCCCGAUCGCACAUCAUGCCGCUCCGAUCGCGCACUCUUCCUCCAGCAUCGUUCAUGGAGCCAGCCAUCUGAGCCAUCAUCAUUACUAA